AUGACUUCAAAGCAGCCCGUAUGGGCCCCAAGCGACAUCGAAUCAACCAACAUUGUCAAGUUUUUGAAGCAUGUCAACAAGAAGCACAACUUGAAACUUAAGACAUAUGACGACCUUUGGAAAUGGUCAGUACAUCCAGACAGUCUAGCGAAGUUUUGGGGUGAAGUGUGUGUUUUCCUUCGGAUUUUGCCAGCCUCAGUGAAACCAGGGGAUGUUCUACCGGCGAGUGAUAGCAGCGGCACAAGAGAGCUGCCUCUAUACCCCCCACCCAAAUUCUUCCCUUCGGCCACCUUCAACCUUGCCCAAUUCAUCCUCGCCAAUCGAAACAAAGGGCAAAUCGCCAUUCACUUUGUCAGGGAAGGGGUGCCAGGUGUCGAGGAAAUCAGCUGGAGGGCCCUGGAAGAACGCACAAGGGAAGCGUACGAUGCCUUAGUUGGCUACGGGAUCAAAGCAGGUGACAAAGUGGCGGUUGUCAUGUCCAACUCUGUCAACGCAAUCGUCCUCUGUCUCGCUACACUUGCAAUUGGAGCUGUUUGGUCAUCAGCAUCGCCAGACCUAGGGUCUAAAGCGAUCAUUGAUCGCUAUAAGCAGAUCGAACCGAGGAUCAUAUUCGUCGAUGACGCAUAUAUAUACGCCGGCAAAAGAAUCUUCCUUGAAGACCGGAUUGCGACCAUCUCACAGGCGCUAUGCAAUGAAAACAAGCACCUCAAGAAUGUGGUGGUCAUACCCUAUUGCGGAGUAUCAAUAAAUAUGUCCAAAAUUCGCAAGGGUUUAUCCUGGGAGGCAUUCUUGAAAAACGGGAGUGGAAGGACGUUAUCGUUUUCACCGCUACAGUUUAGUUCCCCGGCCUUUAUCCUUUUCUCUUCCGGCACGACUGGAACUCCUAAAUGCAUCGUACAUUCUGCUGGUGGCGUGGCACUCAAAGUUAGCACCGAUACACGGCUACAGCAUGAUAUGAGGCCAGGAGAUGUGUUCUUCCAAUAUACAACAACGGCGUGGGUGAUGUGGAUCCUCAAUUUCAUCAAUCUUUCGUCUGGGGCAACAAUGUUCCUCUACGAUGGCUCACCAUUCUACCCUGAACCAGCCGUCUUGCUGGAUCUUGCAGCCAGGCUAGGAGUCACCGUCUUCGGCACUUCACCCCGCUAUCUCUCCGAGAUACGGUCGAGGAACAUUGUCCCACGCGAACAAUACAGCCUUGAUAAGCUGCGAAUAGUAACGUCUACUGGCUCUGUUCUCUCAACGGAUUUGUAUGAAUGGUUCUAUGGCCAGGGAUUCCCUCAGAAGACACAGCUUAUAUCUAUGAGCGGUGGUACAGACAUUGCUGGAAGCUUUGUCGGGGGGUGUCCCAUUCUUCCUGUGUAUCCUGGUGAAAUCCAAGCCAAGUGCUUGGGUAUGGCUACCAACGUCUUCGAUGCUUCUAAGACUGAGCCAGAAUCCAUUGAACUCUCCGGAACCCCUGGCGAGCUGGUUUGCACACAGCCCUUCCCGAGUCAGCCGCUUGCUUUCUACGGCCCCGGUGGCGACGAAAAAUACCGAGGCUCGUACUUCUCGCGGUUUGGAGCUCAUGUAUGGUCUCAGGGGGACUUCAUAAGGUUCCUUCCAGAUACCCAGGGCCUUUUAAUCCUCGGAAGAUCAGAUGGUGUCCUAAAUCCAUCCGGUGUGAGAUUUGGUUCGGCGGAAAUAUAUCAAGUCGUCGAGACUAUACCCGAAAUUUUGGACUCCAUAUGUGUCGGACAGAGACGCUCCUUUGAUGGCGAUGAGAGAGUACUCCUUUUUGUAAAGAUGAAAGUGCCGCAUAUACUGGACACACGACUUGUUGAUUCCAUCAAGGCUGCCAUUAAAGAUAGAUACUCUCCUCGCCAUGUGCCCGCGUAUAUCUUCCAGGUUCAAGAUAUCCCAUACACGGUCAACGGGAAGAAGUGCGAGAUAAAUGUCAAACAAAUUGUGAGCGGCAUGAACACCAAGGUCAGUGGGACCGUUGCAAACCCGGAGAGCUUGAAUUUAUACGGGCAAUACUUUCAUCUGCCAAAUGCAGAAACAGCUAAGCUAUGA